AUGUGGUUCCUGGGGGCCGUGGUUGUUGCUUUGGCAACUUCGUGGUUAAGCCAUGAUGACCAUUCUCCUUUGUAUAUUCCAACUUCUUUGGAUCUACUAACACUUAGCGCACGUGAUAUCACCGAUAUUCUCAGAAAUAGCACCAUAACCUCACUCCAGAUUACCGAAGAAUACCUUCGGCGUAUCAAACUGGAUGAUAGAUCGGGACUUGGGCCUCGUACAAUGUUGGAGUUGACACCUAUACAAAAUGUUAUUAGCAUCGCAAAGGAGCGCGAUCUAGAGCGACAAAAGGGCUUGACUCGUAGUCCCUUGCACGGUGUACCACUGAUUGUGAAAGGCAAUAUGGCCACAGAUCAGUCCCUUGGUAUGUCGACGUCCUCGGGAGCCUUUGCACUCCAAAAUGCCACUGCGAGUCAGGAUGCGCACAUUGUCGCCAAGGCUCGUGAAGCUGGAAUGAUUAUUCUUGGUAAAAGUAACCCUGCGCAUCCAUGUGGAUCGUCGGCUGGAUCUGUGGCGCCUGUAGCCGCGGGGUUUUCCCCAUUAGCCCUGGGUACAGAAACACAGGGAUCAAUCAGCUGCCCUGCAUCAUUCACUGCUCUUUAUGGCCUAAAGGUCUCCACCAGCGUUCUAUCCAGAAGUGGCAUUCUGCAGUCGUCGACCACAUUUGAUUCACCUGGAAUUCUCGCCAAGUCAGCUUGGGAUAUUGUGGCUCUUUUAACCGAGAUCAGUGGAUUUGACGCCCGAGAUCCCAUUACAUCUGAUUCAGGAGGAUUACUUGUUAAUUUCACAAAUUCUUUAGACGCUAACUGGGCCGAUUUCCGCAUCGGAGUGGCCGAUAAAGAGUGGUUUUGGUCCAUCCUCCCGGGAUUUGUGGGAGGUCAAGAAGAUAUAGAUGAUGAACAGAGAGUAUUUUGA